CUAAAAGACAUAGUUGACCUACUGCCGCGGGCUAUUUCAUUGUAUGAUUGAAAUGCGGAGCUUCCCAUUGGUCUCUCAUAUUGUCCCCACUUUUACUUGGUCUAAUCAAUCAUGGAUGUGGGGACAAAAAUGUGAUAGUUUACCGCCCUUGGCAUGUAGCCCCUUGCAAAACUUCCCCUGAAAUCAUUUUUGGUGAUUUGUGAUGUGCGGACGUGCAACCUGCAAACAUUUUAUAUUAAUUUUGAACAUGAUAUGCGGAAAGAGUUACUGCAUUAGAUAUAAACUAUCCAGAUUUGGUGGAGCCUCGCAAUUGAUGAACAAAUAAUAGCAAUCUCUCUUUGCGACGUAUCAACCGAAUAGUUGGCGAGGCAGCUAUUCAGCUCAUGCACGUUUCCAAUUAUGUAUUUUCUAGUGCUACUGGACUAGUUUUUUACUUGUCUACCCUUCCCUAGAUCGGAACUGAUUUUAGCAACUGGAAGCAUACAGUGAAGCAUAGGUAAUUUCACAUUUUUUCUAGAAAUUUAGUUGACCUUCGGCCUGAAAUACAAGUAGAACAGUUUUCUUCCGAUUACAUUUGUCUCGCUAGAAAGGAAAUAUAAAAGCAAGGAAAGGACACACGGAGCUACGUAAAUGGUCUUCCUUGAUUUGAGAUUUACUCUAAUUUUCUAACUACUACUGCUCCUACCACCAAUCCUCACUCCUUAUAUACAUCAUUAUGUUUAACUACUACAUAAUUCACAUGUAAAGUGAUGUGUGGCUAGUACAUUUAGAUAUUUAGUCCAGUCCUCUACUCGGGCAUUCUUAAUAAUACUGCACAAGAUAUGCAUGGUUCAAGUCCUCAAAAGAUGGUGAAGACAGUGGCAUCUAAAUCUUUGAUUACCAGAAUCAAUUUGGUUUUCCUUUUCGUUUUUCUGGUUGUUUAUGCAACCGUUCUUCUCCCUCCACUUUCUUCUGACUAUUUCGAGAAUGCAGGCUCUCUCGUGAGGUGCUCCUUGCGCGAAUGUCAUCACAGGACAGAACGUAACUUGAAAAUGAAAGCAGUAUUGGAGGUACCUCAAGGGAACAAGGGUGCAAAUAAGAUAGAAGUACCAAGCUUUUUUGACGAGUUGGGGAGGGGAAUGAAAAUAGGAAUGGUGAACGUGCAAGAAGACGAUGUGAGUGGAUGGAGCAUGCACGGGGAAACAACAAGAGUUUAUUUUGAGAGGGUGUCAGAGUUUUUGAACUGGACAGACUUGUUUCCGGAAUGGAUAGACGAGGAGGAAGAGAAUGGUGUGCCAACAUGCCCGGAGAUACCAAUGGCAGAGUAUGCAGAAUAUGGAAGCAUGGAUGUGAUCGUGGCUAAGCUGCCAUGCAGUUAUCCCAAACAAGGGUGGGGGAGGGACGUUUUUCGGUUGCAAGUUCAUCUCAUAGUUGCUAAUCUAGCCGCCAAGAAUGGGAGAGGGAAGACAAAAGUGGUAUUUUGGAGCAAGUGUAGACCAUUGCUGGAGCUUUUUCCAUGCGACCACUUGGUUAAGCGGGAAGGUGAAUGGUGGUAUUUUGAACCUGAUAUCAAGAGCUUACAACACAAGCUUUCAUUGCCCGUUGGCUCCUGCAAGUUGGCCUUGCCUCUCUGGGAACAAGGAAUUGACGAGGUGUACGACUGGUCGAAGAUCGAGAAAAGCGCGAGAAGCAUUGGAAGAAUGCAACGGUCAGCGUACGCGACGGUGCUGCACUCGUCGGAAGUGUACGUUUGCGGCGCAAUAACACUGGCGCAGAGCCUCCGCCAGACAGGGACAAAACGCGACCUAAUCCUGCUGACGGACAAGUCAAUCUCGGUUCCCACACGUGUGGCGCUGUCGGAAGCGGGGUGGAAGAUCCGAGUGAUAACCCGGAUCCGAAACCCGAAAGCGGAGAAAGGAAGCUACAACGAAUACAACUACAGCAAGCUGAGGCUGUGGCAGCUGACAGACUACGAGAAAGUAAUAUUCAUCGACUCGGACAUCAUCGUACUCCGCAAACUGGACAUCCUCUUCGAGUUCCCGCAGAUGUCGGCGACGGGGAACGACCAAUCGAUCUUCAACUCGGGGAUCAUGGUGAUCGAGCCGUCCAAGUGCACGUUCCGCAUUCUGAUGCGGCAGCGCGACGACAUCGUUUCGUACAACGGGGGGGACCAGGGGUUUCUGAACGAGGUGUUCGUGUGGUGGCACAGGUUGCCUCGGAGGGUGAACUUUCUGAAGAACUUCUGGGCCAACACCACGCUGGAGGCUCGGGUGAAGAACGCCAUGAUGGGGGCGGAGCCGCCCAAGGUCUACGCCAUCCACUACCUCGGGUGGAAGCCCUGGCACUGCUACAGGGACUACGACUGCAACUGGGACACACUCGAGCAGAGGGUCUACGCCAGUGACGUGGCGCAUCGCAGGUGGUGGAAGCUCCACGACGCCAUGGAUCAAGGGUUGCAGAGCUUUUGUGGGUUGACAAAACGGAGUCAGACGAAGCUCAACUGGGAGCGGAGGAAGGCCAAGAAGAUGGGGUUACCCGAUGGACAUUGGAAAAUCAAUAUCACUGAUCCUAGACGAUUUCCCGCUCUCUUGAUGGAUUAGAUUACAAGUUACAACUAUUCUCUAUGUUUUUCUUGUCAAAUUCUCAUAUUUCAACUGCUCUUCAAACCAUUAAGUUUUUCUCAUAACUAAACAAGGAGUACUAUGUACAUCUAAAAUGGAAAAUGACAUGCAUUAAACCUUUA